AUGGACAUAGGCGCCGAUGAGUUCGAGCAGAGCCUCCCUCUGCUGCAGGAGCUCGUCCUGGGCGCGGACUUCGUGGGUCUGGACAUAGAGUUCACCGGCCUGCGUUCUAACCUGUCUGGGCCCCAGCAGAUCAGCCUGUUUGACUUGCCAUCAGAGUGGUAUCUAAAGACCCGUCAGAGUGUUCAGCAAUUCACCAUCUGUCAGAUCGGAUUGUCUGUGUUCUCCAGUAUUGAAGGCGAGUCAAACAAGUAUGUAGCUCAUUCAUGUAACUUCUUCCUCUUCCCUACGACAUUUGGGGUUUUGGACUCAGAGUUCUCUUUCCAGGCUUCCAGUGUUCAGUUUCUGAACCAGUAUGGCUUCGACUAUAACAAGUUUCUCAAAAAUGGAAUCCCCUAUAUGAACGAAGAACAGGAGAAGAAAAUUAAGCACAACAUCCUGACUGGGAACUGGAAAGUUCGCAGCUCUCUGGACAAAGAGCAGAUCAAGGUGGUGAUUGACGAGGUGACGCGCUGGCUGGACCUGGCGGAGGAAGGGGACUGGAUGACCCUCCCUGGCAUCGCUGGCUUCCAGGCCUUCGAGGUCCAGCUCGUGCUGAGGAAGGCCCUCCCUGACAUCUGGACGGUGCUGAGAGACCAAGGGGUGGUUGUGAAGAAGGUGAGUACGCAGCACCGCUGGUAUCUUGAGAACACCUCCUGUGAUCGAGAGAGCUGCUGGAAGGAGAAGAUCCUUCUCUCUGCGAGGGGCUUUUCUGUGUUCUUCCAGAUGCUGGUGAAAGCUCGGAAGCCCUUGGUGGGACAUAACAUGAUGAUGGAUCUGCUGCAUCUCCAUGAGAAGUUCUUCAGACCUCUCCCAGAAAGCUACGAUGAAUUUAAGCUGAAUAUCCACAACCUAUUUCCUGUUCUCAUUGACACCAAGAAUGUGACAAAGGAUAUCUGGAAGGAACUCAAUUUCCCAAGGGUUUCAAAUCUCUCAGAAGUUUAUGAAGUCCUGAACAGUGACGUGAACCCCACCAAGAACUCCGGGCCGGUGAUCAUUCACGCCAGCAGGUGUGAGAAGUACGUGGAGACCAAGUACCCCCACGAAGCAGCAUACGACGCCUUCCUGUGUGGGUCAGUUCUGUUGAAGGUGGCGCACCUGCUCCUGUGGAAGGUACACAGCGCUAUUCCCAUCCCCGAGCCCAGCUUCCCCCUCUACCUGGAUGUGCUGGCGCCCUACGUGAACCAGGUGAAUCUUAUCCGAGCCGGGGUCCCCAAAAUCAACUUUGCAGGCCCAGACUCCCCCAGCAUCCGCCCCCCCAUCCUCAUCCUCACCGUCAGGAGGUGGCCGGGGGUCAGUGAGCAGCAGGUCUACCGCGAGUUUCAGAACCUCUGCAAGUUUGAUGUGAGGAGGCUCACGCAGAGCCAGUUCCUGCUCAUGACCAAUAAGUUCAAGGACACGAGGAGCAUCCUGAAGGAGUAUAAGUGCCACCCGACGCUGCAAAUCUCGCUGUACCGCUACUGGAGACACUCCCCGAACAUCAACUGCCUGCUACGGGUCUGCGGCAUCGUUACCACCUGGGCCUUCAUCGCGUUUCUCCUGGGAAGAGCUGGCCCCUGA